AUGCUGGAAUUAUACCAACACUCUUGUCGUGAGCUCAAGAAGUACAUCUCCGAAGGCAGAAGGAUUGUUCGCGAGAUUGAAACCGAAACCCUCGAAGAGAAUCCACCUCUUUUCCGCGAAUACAUAUCAGCCUCCCCAGAGUUCAAAAUUCUGAUGGACAACCAGUUCAAGAACGUCAAGACUCAUGCACGGCUUCUGAGUAAAGCCAUGUGGUAUGAGUGGCGUAUGAAGCUCCAGGAUGGAUUAAGAGAGGGUCUCUUGAAAAUUGCUGAGGGCAUGGAGAUGGAUGAGAAACUCAUCGAAAAGCAGCAGAAACUCCUGUCAUCGGUCGCUCCGGCAUUGGUCAAACGAUUCGAGGCAUUGGAGCGUGAACAUGAACAUCUAGAAUCCUUUGCCAGUGAGCUUGCUGACUGCGAUCCCGAAGAGCUUCAAUCCGCUCGAGCAGAGUUGGAAUCUGCAGACAAGGACAUUGAAGCUAAGAUGCUCAAGAUAGCAGAGCUUCGAAAUCAAUUACAAGAUACCGAGGUCAACAUCAGUAAGCUCACCGAGCAAAAGGAGCAUUGCCAGGUGGAGAUCAAAGAAGCUGAAAAAGUCCGGGAAGAGUGCCGUGGCUGGAGCUCAAAUGAGAUCAGCUCUCUAAAGGGUCAGCCCUUCCCCAAACACUGCCGCGCUAGAGUUGGCUAA